GCUCUCAUCCAUUGGACCCCCCGAUAGAUUCUGAACGGUGAGCGUGGCGUCCGAUGGAAUUUGAGGCGUCGGACGCCCUACCAGAAGCAUUACCGAUAAGAGAAGGUGGGACAGUCACGAACUUGGGACGAAGCCACCAACCAGCUCGCUGCCUCCCCGCGCCAUGGCGACCUCGACCUCCCUCCUCCCCCCUCUCCUCCCCGUCCCUGCCUCCCGCCACCGUUUCCACCCCUCCCCGUCCGCAUCCCCCCGCCACCUGCGCCUCUCUCCUGCUACCCGCCGCCUCCGCGCCGCUCGGCGCCGGCACCCCGACGCCGUCGUCGUCGUCCCGGACGCCCGCCCCUGGGUCGGCGAUCUCUCGGGCGCCACCGCUUCCUACCGGGAAGGCGGCGAGGAGGACGAAGACGACGCGGACGCGGAUGACGACGAGGACGAGGACCGCAGCCUGGACCUACUGGCCCGGUUCCUGCACUCCGUGUUCAGGAAGGUCUCCCGCCGGGCGCGCCGCGCCGCCAGGUCCGUGCUGCCGCCUUCCGUACCCGCUGAGCUGGUGAAGUUCUCGGUCAAUGGCGUGCUGGUCCUGACGUUCUUAUGGAUCCUGAAGGGUCUUCUCGAGGUGGUCUGCACAUUUGGAAGCAUGGUGUUUGCAAGCAUCCUUCUUGUGCGAGGAAUAUGGUCUGGGGUGACUUAUAUCAGAGAAAAUCAGUACAGCUAUAUUCACCGGAUCGACAACGACGAUAGCCGAUGGAGCAGAGUACAGACUGCUGGUUGAUAUUUUGCUUUCCUUCUCUGUGGAAAGACUCACACCCUGCAUUGCAGGCUCUAGAAUAAAAAGAAAUAUGAGUUACUAAUGAGAUAGAAUGCUCCCAGGUCAUUGCCAACUAGGACGAUUGCUAUUGGUAUACCCCACAGCUGAACCAGAAUGAAACAAAUCCACAUGUACCUGAACAGAAUACGUGGUUCCUCUCCAGCUGGUUUCAGGAUUGAAGGUUUGAGUUGGUGUGAGCUCAUAUGUGCAAAAAAAAAAAGAAAUGAAAUUGUGCUGAAGAAUGUUUGCAGUCCUGAUCUGGAUGCAUCUGGAGGUGCCUGGCUAGGCUUUGUAUGCAUGUACGAGUAUGAGUAUGACACGUAAGCAGCUGAGCUAGUUGCAGAUAUCGAAGAACUCAUGCUUGUUUUAUGUGCA